GAAGCCAGUGUGAGAUGAGAAGCAGCAGAAAACAAAGCGAGCUGCAGAGAGGUGUUGUUUCUCCCUCACCAAGGUGAGAGAAAAUGGCUGCUGGUGUGAACCACCAGCCUGCGAGGGUGGAGCUGGACUCGCUGGACUCUGGCAUUUCCAGUUGUUUAUCGGAGAUGUCCAUGGGGACAGAGUCGGCCCAUCGAGGUCCCAUCUGUGUCGUCUUCCAGAUUGGCCUGUUCAAAGAGGGAGUCAAAGUGCCCGAGGGCCGGCUGAGUUUCAGAAGCGCAAAGAAACUGGCAGCAGAGAUCAUCGAGAAGAAGGCUCCUGACUGGAGUGUAAUAGGUGUUGGUGAAAAGCUGCUGCUGUUCAGACAUGACCCCAACUCAGACCAGAUAUUACACAGACUCACAGAGCAACACUACUUGCAAGACGGAGACCUGGUGGAGGUGGUACUCGCUGCUUCUGCUUCAGUAACGGAGGUGAAGUUCCGCCCCCAUUCUUUGGUGGUCCAGUCAUAUCGCACGCCUACGUUUUGCCACCACUGUGGGGAGAUGUUGUGGGGGCUCGUCCGGCAGGGCUUAAAAUGUGAAGGCUGUGGUUUAGAUUUUCAUAAACGCUGUGCUUUGAUGUUGCCGAGCGACUGCUCACGUGUGUCCAGGCCUUGUGGACCCAGUCUGUCCCUGUUUCCACCUUCUCGACCUCGUGCACCCUCACUCUCCAACCACACCGGAGGCAGCCUGGAGGAGAUCAGUCUGUCUAAGCCAUCUCGGUCUCGGCCCCCAUCCUGGGCAGACAGGCCGGUAUGGUUGGGUGUAUGUGAAGGAGGCAGGGGAAGCAGGCUGCUGGUACCACACACCUUCCACAUCCACACCUACACCAAGCCCACUAUGUGCCAGCACUGCCACAAACUACUCAAGGGCCUCUUCCGCCAAGGUCUGCAGUGCUCAGACUGCAAGUUUAACUGUCAUCGGCGCUGUGAGCCUCUGGUUCCACCUGACUGCAGAGGAGAGAGAGCCAACGGAGAAGAGAGCGCUGUGAGUCAGGAGGCGGAGUCUGAAGAGGACAUGGCUGUUGAAGCAGUGAACGCCAUUUAUGAAGAGUAUCGCUUUAAAGACCUCCCACACCUGAUGGAGGAGUCUCCACCACAGCCUUCUAUCGGUCCGUGUUUCAGCAGUAAUAUUCCCCUCAUGAGAGUGGUUCAGUCAGUCAGGCAAACCAAGAGGAGAUCCAGUGGAGUAUUAAAGAAAGGCUGGCUGCUGCACUACACUAAUGUAGAUACACUGAGGAAAAGGCACUACUGGAUUCUAGAUGGGAAAAGCAUCACACUGUACCAGAGUGAGAACAGCACCAAGUACUAUAAGGAGCUGCAACUGUCUGAAGUGCUGCAGGUUCGAGGGCCAGAUCAGCUGAUUGAUCCAUCCAUGCCAGACGACAGCAGCCCAUCAUUUGAGCUGGUGACGAGUUCUCUGGUCUACUAUGUGUUUGCAGACGUAGAGGGACCGGUCUGGGAGGCCACCAUCAGAUUAGCCCUAAUGCCACUGGACUGCAGUGUUAGAAGCCACACCAGGGCAGAAUCAGCAGGUGAUAGAACAGUUUGUGGAGAAACUCAGGAUGUUAGUGCCCUGUAUCAGAUUUUCUCUGAAGAGGUGUUGGGAUCGGGUCAGUUUGGAGUGGUAUAUGGAGGUGCUCACAGACAGACAGGCCGGCCAGUGGCCAUCAAGGUCAUCGAUAAAACUCGCUUCCCCUCCAAACAGGAGAUUCAGAGCAGAAACGAGGUCUCUAUACUCCAGAGUCUGUCCCAUCCUGGGGUCAUUGUUCUCGAGGGUAUGUUCGAUACAGCUGAGCGCACUUUUGUCGUAAUGGAGAAGCUUCAUAGUGACAUGCUGGAGAUGAUUUUAUCCAAUGAAAGUGGACGACUGCCUGAACGUAUCACACGCUUCCUGGUUAUGCAGAUUCUGGAGGCUCUGCGGUACUUGCAUUUGAAGCACAUCGCUCACUGUGACCUCAAACCUGAGAAUGUUCUUCUUGCUUCACCAGUCUCAUUCCCUCAGGUGAAGCUCUGUGACUUCGGUUUCGCCCGCAUCAUUGGUGAGAAGUCUUUCCGGCGCUCGGUGGUGGGCACCCCUGCGUAUCUGGCUCCGGAGGUCAUCAGUAGCCAUGGCUACAACCGCUCUCUGGACAUGUGGGCAGUUGGGGUGAUCCUGUACGUGAGCCUGAGUGGGACCUUUCCCUUUAACGAGGAUGAGGACAUUCAUCAGCAGAUCACCAACGCUGCCUUCAUGUUCCCCCGCCAGCCGUGGUCGUUCAUUUCUCUGGAGGCUGUGAGUCUGAUUAAUAACCUGCUGCAGGUGGUGGUCCGGCGCAGGUACAGCGUGGGUAAAGCUAUGGGACAUGCUUGGCUCCAGAACUUCCAGCUGUGGUGCGAUCUGCGUCAGUUUGAGCAGCGGAUAGGCCGCCGAUACAUCACUCACGAGUCUGAUGAUGAGCGGUGGAGACGCCACGCUCAGGAGAAAGGCCUGUCUCUCCCCUCCCAGUUAACAACAGAGCCCUCUGAAGAACCGAGCCAGUAACCCACGGCUGGAGAAUUGUGAACAUGUGCAAACUGUAAAAAUGUGCCUUUUUUUGUUGUAUAUAUGUUUUAUG